AUGUAUGUCAGUCAUGGUCAUUAUUCCCCUCGUUCUUUUUGGUUAUCAAUUUUGGAAAAAAUUUUUGGGGGAGGAUUACGCUUUAUUCAAAGGCUGUUGCGGCAGUUCAAUCCUAAAUUAUCAGAAGAAGAAACUCAGCAACGUGCCACCCAACUGUUUGCAACUACCAAGGGACAAAAAGGAUGGUACCUCAACAAUAUGGGACAAAAUCUUGCCUUGGAACUGAAUUAUCCAAGCAGUGGAGAAGCUCUAGAUCGCAAAGAGAUAAAUAAGUUGUUGAGGCAGGCCAGAUAUAACAACAUAGAGGCAUCCUUUUAUGAUGUUGUGGAUGGUCCUGCUGUAUGGGUAGGUGGCUCUGAGUCGUAUAUGUUCAACUGUUUAGAAGCAAUAGCCAGGUCUGAGGAGCCCGACACCAGUACUAGGGCAAGAGUAACUCGUGCUCUUGAAGCAAAGUAUGUGGAUGACCAGUACAUGACUAGCAGAGUGAACUGGGUUGUCCAGAGUUCAGCUGUUGAUUAUCUUCACAUCAUGCUUGUGUCAAUGAAGUGGUUAUUCCAGGAGUACAACAUUAGAGGGAGAUUUUGUAUUAGCAUCCAUGAUGAGGUACUAUCAGGCUCCAUUGAUAUUUACCUUUUGCUAAUUAACAUCUCACAAUAUUUACUCCUUUUCAACAAUUGUGCAUAUUUUUUCAGAUUAGGUUUCAAAGAUUUGCCUCAGUCAGUAGCAUUCUUCAGUGCAGUAGACAUAGAUUAUGUUCUUCGAAAAGAGCCUCAUCUAGACUGUGUUACACCUUCAAAUCCUGAAGGACUGAAUAAAGGGUAUGGAAUUCCUCCAGGAGAGGCACUUGAUAUGCAGAAAAUUCUUGAGAUCACCUCAGGUAUUCUUGAGAAGAAUGGAGAAGUUGCCAGAUGAUAGUGUCAUUUUGCUGUAAGUACCAGUACUUUGAUGGCAUAUUUGCAUAUUUUUUUUAC